GGGCUCCCGCCUCCCGCUUCCCGCUGGGCCACUGCACGGGUUCCAGGAGGCCCAGGGGCGACCCUUGGUUCUCCCGGCGGCUGCUGCCCCUCGUCUUGCGACUCAGGGGUCCGGGCGGGACAUGGCCACGGCCACUGUGGCAGCAGCAAGACGAAGCUUCUGCCGAGCCCCUCCGCUCCUCCUCCGGCGUGGUUACCAGACGGAGAAGGGCGUCUAUGGCUACCGGCCGAGGAAGCCCGAGAGCCGGGAGCCCCGGGGCGGCCUGGCGCGCCCUCCAGUUGAUCAUGGUCUUGCCAGAUUGGUGACAGUAUACUGUGAACAUGGUCAUAAAGCUGCCAAAAUCAACCCUCUCUUCAGUGGACAAGCCUUGCAGGAGAAUGUGCCUGAGAUCCAAGCUCUUGUACAGACCCUUCAGGGACCUUUUAAUACCACAGGAUUAUUAAACAUGGGGAAGGAGGAGGCCUCUCUUGAGGAAGUACUGGCCUAUCUCAACCAAAUCUACUGUGGGCAAAUUUCUAUUGAAACCUCCCAACUUCAGAGCCAGGAGGAGAAAGACUGGUUUGCCAAGCGGUUUGAGGAACUGAAGAAAGAGUCCUUUAGCACAGAAGAGCGAAAACAUCUGUCAAAACUAAUGCUAGAAUCCCAGGAGUUUGACCACUUUUUGGCCACCAAGUUUGCCACAGUGAAGCGGUAUGGGGGCGAAGGAGCGGAGAGCAUGAUGGGCUUUUUCCACGAGUUGCUGAAAAUGGCAGCCUACAGUGGGAUCACGGAUGUGAUUAUUGGCAUGCCCCACAGAGGGAGGCUUAAUUUAUUAACAGGCCUUCUGCAGUUCCCUCCGGAGCUGAUGUUCCGUAAAAUGAGAGGCUUAAGUGAAUUUCCAGAAAAUGUUUCAGCCACUGGAGAUGUCCUGUCUCACUUGACCUCCUCGGUUGAUCUAGAUUUUGGCGCGCACCAUCCCCUCCAUGUGACCAUGCUGCCUAACCCAUCGCACCUGGAAGCAGUCAACCCCGUGGCUGUGGGGAAGACUCGUGGAAGGCAGCAAUCUAGACAGGAUGGGGACUACUCUCCAGAUAGUUCUGCUCAGCCUGGGGACAAAGUCAUUUGCUUACAGGUUCACGGUGAUGCAUCUUUCUGUGGUCAGGGGAUUGUUCCUGAAACAUUUACGUUGUCUAGUCUCCCACAUUUCAGAAUAGGUGGGAGUGUCCAUCUGAUUGUCAAUAACCAGCUGGGUUACACCACUCCUGCAGAAAGAGGAAGAUCUUCCUUAUACUGCAGUGACAUCGGAAAGCUUGUGGGCUGCGCCAUCAUCCACGUCAAUGGAGAUAGCCCGGAGGAAGUGGUCCGUGCUGCACAACUGGCUUUUGAAUACCAGCGCCAUUUCCGGAAAGAUGUGAUUGUUGAUUUGUUAUGCUACAGGCAGUGGGGCCACAACGAGCUGGAUGAGCCCUUCUUCACCAACCCGGUCAUGUACAAGAUCAUCAGAGCCCGAAAGAGCAUCCCGGACACCUAUGCAGAGCACCUGAUUGCCAAUGGACUCAUGACUGGGGAAGAGGUGUCAGAAAUCAAAACCUCCUACUACUCGAAGUUAAAUGACCAUUUAACCAACAUGGCACACUACAGCCCCCCAGCCACCAACCUGCAGGCACACUGGAAGGGUCUGGUCCAGCCGCCAGCCUGCAUUAGCACCUGGAACACGGGUGUGGCCCUUGACCUCCUGCGGUUUAUUGGCGGGAAGUCGGUGGAGGUGCCCGAGGAGCUCCAGAUGCACAGUCAUCUGCUGAAGACCUACGUGCAGUCCAGGCUGGAGAAAGUGAUGGAUGGAACAAAGUUAGACUGGGCCACGGCAGAAGCUCUUGCCUUGGGCUCAUUACUUGCUCAGGGUUUCAAUGUCCGUCUGAGUGGGCAAGAUGUUGGCCGUGGAACUUUUAGUCAGCGGCAUGCAAUGGUUGUUUGCCAGAAGACUGAUGAUACCUAUAUCCCUCUGAACCAUAUGGAUCCUGAUCAAAAGGGGUUUCUAGAGGUCAGCAACAGCCCGUUGUCAGAAGAGGCUGUCCUGGGAUUUGAAUAUGGAAUGAGCAUUGAAAGCCCCAAGUUGCUGCCCCUCUGGGAGGCUCAGUUUGGUGAUUUCUUCAAUGGUGCUCAGAUAAUUUUUGACACGUUCAUCUCUGGAGGGGAGGCCAAGUGGCUCCUACAGAGUGGCAUUGUUAUUCUCCUUCCCCACGGGUAUGACGGGGCUGGACCCGACCAUUCCUCUUGCCGCAUAGAGCGUUUCCUGCAGAUGUGUGACAGUGUCGAAGAGGGUGUAGAUGGAGACACGGUAAACAUGUUCGUGACACACCCGACCACCCCUGCACAGUAUUUCCACCUGCUCAGGAGACAGAUGGUUCGGAACUUCCGAAAACCCCUCAUCGUUGCUUCUCCGAAGAUGUUACUCAGGUUCCCCGCCGCUGUGUCAACUCUUCAAGAAAUGGCGCCAGGAACAACAUUCAAGCCGGUCAUUGGCGAUUCAUCUGUGGAUCCCAAAAAGGUCAAGAGGCUAGUGUUCUGCUGUGGCAAACAUUUCUAUGCCCUGCUGAAGCAAAGAGAAUCCUUAGAGGCCAAGAAGCAUGACUUUGCCAUCAUCCGAUUAGAGGAACUCUGCCCUUUCCCACUGGAUUCGUUACAGCAAGAGAUGAGCAAAUACAAACACGUUAAAGAUUUUAUUUGGAGUCAGGAGGAGCCUCAGAACAUGGGACCAUGGUGCUUUGUUUCUCCAAGGUUUGAAAAGCAGCUGGCCUGCAAGCUCCGUCUUGUGAGUCGACCCCCUUUGCCAGCCCCUGCUGUAGGAAUUGGCACCCUUCACCUGCAGCAGCAUGAAGAUGUCCUCACCAAGACCUUUGCUUGAUGGUGUCCUUUGAAACAGUGUUACUUCCUUUUAAGAAAACAAGCAUGAAAAGAAAAGCCGGCUCCUUUGCUCUCUUCUUCCAUUAGGCAACAUGAAAAGUCCGUGUUCCUCUAAGACGUUGGGAUUGAUGAGGAACAUUUAAUUGGAAUACACAGAGUAUCCAAGGGAAUUAUCCAUCGAUCCAUGAACCUGAUGAGUCACCUUAAUCCUUGAAGGUACAACAGUGUUCCGUUUUGGUUAGAUCUGAGUGAGCUGUAGAACCAGUGCCUUACCCAGACUUUUUCAGACCAUGUUUUCCAAUUAACUAUAUAUGCCCAGGAAAGUCUCUUUAAUUUGAAUUUACAGAAUUUACCUGCAGAUCAAUUUGCUUGGUACGUGUCACUUUCAUUAAUUUUGCCAUUCUUUAUUCAGAGUCCUGUGACUACCAGUAUUUUCAUUUUAUGUGAUCUCAGGGGCUGCUUUCCAGCCACAGUGAGAAGUGUUUCACCAAAUGCUGGAGCAAAGCUAUGCUAGUCCUGAUGGAUGUUCUUCAGAAGAGCUGUUUUCACCCACUGACCUUAAAUAUCCAUCCCAUUACAAAGGACUAGGGAUGUAUCAUCUUUCUGCACAGUAUUAUUAAGGAGUUUUAGCUACAAUGAAAUUGUUUAUCAUCUUAUCUUUUUUCCCCCUAAAUUCUUAUUGCAGUGAUAUCUUAAUAUUUUUGAUUGGCUUUCGGUGUCUGAUACGGGGAUUUCAGCUCCUGGUUAGUCAGUCUUGCUGCUAAAAGGGUAUGAUGAAGUGAUGUUCGUUUGUGGUAUUUAAGGAGCAUUUUAACUUUAACGCUGAAAACUUCCAAGCACCAGGUUCUUAGGGGUUUAUGGAGAUCACCAGCCCAUUGCAUUACCUCUGAAACUUCACGGAAGCUUAACCACAGAGCAGCAAGCUGUGUAGCUUAAUGUCACUUGGUGCUGCAGGGGCUCUGCCAUCUUCCAUUCUGGUGCUAUGAGAGUUUUUCUUCAAAAUAAUGGAGGAAGUGCUGGGGCAUUGGAAUGGCCUCUCCCUUUUUUGGCAACUGGUAAAGUCUUUCACAAUCAACAUGGUUGUUUGGGCCACAGGAGUAGAUUUGCAAUUCGCAUCUUCAGUGUAUGCCUUAGUUUGUUGAUUUAAUAUUUCUGUAAUAUUCACAGCCCUUUGCACCUAUAUUCAAGCCCUGUGCACCUUAAUGCUUCCUUCCUAUGUCAAGCCUUAUAAAUCAUGUAACUCGGUGUCAUGCAUGUAAAUCGGUACAAAGUCUAUCUAAUGAAAACGGUUAUCAGUGUUGUAUACUGAACUAGAAAGACAUGAAAGGCCUGUCAUUUUUUUUUAGAUCUCUUGGUUUCUUGAGUUAAAAAUUCCAAGCUUGGGGUGCCUGGGUGGCUCAGUGGGUUAAGCUGCUGCCUUUGGCUCAGGUCAUGAUCUCAGGGUCCUGGGAUUCAGUCCCGCAUCAGGCUCUCUGCUCAGCAGCGAGCCUGCUUCCCUCUCUCUCUCUGCCUGCCUCUCUGCCUACUUGUGAUCUCUGUCUGUCAAAUAAAUAAAUAAAAUCUUAAGAAAAAAAAAAUUCCAAGCUUGAAGCACAAAAUGAGAGGGAAAACUAGGAUUUUUUUGUUUUGUUUUGUUUUUUAGAAGUUUAGAUUUCUUCUAAUUUCUCUGGUAUCUUAUUAUGUCUUCACCACCAUGAGCCAUGAAAUUGUCUUCUAAAAAAAUGUCUUCCGUAUCUUAACCUUCUUACUCUCAAGCACUGUUGCAACACAGGUCAGCAUUUUUAAUUACAUUGUAGGAAAGGACCAAAUCAAAUACUCUCAUAAUAAAGUAUGGGAUAAAAAUAUCAUAGCAAAAUUAAUAAAACACCUUUAUUGUAUUCCCCUGGGAAAUUUGAUAAUGUGAUAUUUGUAUCCCCUUUAUAUCUAUGUUAAUUUCAUAUUCAAUGAAGAAUAGAGUUCAAAUUGGGUAUUCAUUGAAGAGAAGAAUUAACAACCAUGAAGAAAAUGUUGAUUUUGUCUAAAGUGACAUAUUCUUAGUAAAAUAAAAUUUUCUUCUUUAAGAACCAUUUGCUCCAUUUUUGUAUAUGCAUAUUAUUUAGAAAAUAUUCUAAAGCAUAACUUCUUUUAGCCUAACUGUAUUACUUAUGAAGUUUUUUUUUUUUUUAAUUCCUUGACUGACAAUAGAAAUAGUGUCCAUUUUACAAAAGCGAGGAAAUGCAGUUUAAAGAAAUUAGGGGUUCCACAGGAGGGAAGUCACAGAUGAGAAUCAAGACUUGAGGUUCCAAAAACUUCACCUCCAUUUCCCUUGGAUAUACUUGGAUAUUUGCUUUUCACCUUCAGCUUCUAAGUUUUGUGUUAAAACCAUCAUAUUUGGGGGAAAUUUGGACAAAAUGUUUUUAAAUUCUCAAUAUUUACAACCUACUAUUAAUUCAAAUAAACAACUCCUAAAUUACUCAGUGGGAGUAGUAACUCAUUGUCAUGCUUGUAUUUAAAUCUGAUAAAGCAGUCUAAAGCAGACUGUUAUUUCCCCAUUGCCAUUUGCAAAAUCAGUUAAUCUUAGAAAACUUUUAAUAAAAGUAUGUUCCUUUAGUGUUA